GUCAACCGUUUAUUUUCCCUCCAUUUCUGCUACCUGCCCGAACCAAUUCCCCGUUUCUUCCUCCUCGGCCACGCUAAGCCAUUUCCGGUUAACCUCCGCCGCCAUUAACCACCACCAUCAAUGGCCAAUUCAAUGGCAUCAAUUCAGCAGGGUCGAAUCCGAGUUCUGAAACAGGCAUCAGGGCCAUCCAUUGACCGGGAGAAACUUAAGGGUCCAGUAGUCUACUGGAUGUUCAGAGAUCAACGGCUGCGAGAUAACUGGGCUUUGAUCCACGCAGUUGAUCAAGCAAAUAAGGCCGACGUACCCGUUGCCAUAGCUUUCAAUCUAUUUGAUUCCUUCUUGGGUGCCAAAGCCAGACAGCUGGGUUUUAUGCUUAGAGGCCUUCAAAAGCUUCAUCAAAAUCUUCAAGGAAUGUCUCUCAAUAUCCCCUUUUUUCUGUUUCAGGGGGAAGCACUGGACACAAUUCCCAAUUUUUUGAAAGAAUGCGGGGCUUCACUUUUGGUGACAGACUUUUCACCCUUAAGGGAGGUCAGGAAUUGGAAAGAAACAAUUACUGAGAGGUUGGAAGAUUCAGUAUCAGUUCAUGAAGUUGACGCACACAAUGUAGUGCCUAUUUGGGUGGCAUCUGAUAAAUUGGAAUAUGGUGCUAAGACCAUAAGGGGUAAAAUCAAUAAAUUGCUUCCUGAGUACCUCAUUGAUUUUCCAACACUAGGGCCUUCAAAAAGAAAGUGGCCUAUUCUGCAUCAUUUUAUAGACUGGGAUAGACUAAUUGCAGAUGUUGUAAGGAAAGGAGCAGAAGUUCCUGAAAUUGCAUGGUGUGAACCAGGUGAGGAUGCUGCUAUGGAAGUAUUGAUGGGGAGUAAAAAUGGGUUCUUGACUGCCAGAUUGAAGAAUUAUUCCAUGGAUCGGAAUAAUCCGCUAAAGCCCAAAGCACUCUCUGGUCUCUCCCCUUAUCUGCAUUUUGGGCAGAUAGCAGCACAGCGGUGUGCCUUAGAGGCACGCAAAGUUCGGACACUAUCUCCACAGGGAGUUGACACAUUCUUAGAGGAGUUGAUUGUACGCAGAGAACUAGCUGAUAACUUCUGCUUCUAUCAGCCCCAUUAUGAUUCACUACAGGGGGCAUGGGAAUGGGCACGCAAGACCUUGAUGGAUCAUGCUUCUGAUAAACGUGAACAUACAUACACGAUGCAACAAUUGGAGAAGGCACAAACUGCAGACCCUCUCUGGAAUGCUUCUCAAUUGGAGAUGGUUCACUAUGGGAAGAUGCACGGUUUUAUGAGAAUGUACUGGGCAAAAAAGAUUCUCGAAUGGACAAGUGGUCCUACAGAAGCUCUUGCAAUUGCUAUAACUUUAAAUGACAAGUACGAAAUUGACGGGAGGGAUCCAAAUGGUUAUGUAGGCUGCAUGUGGUCAAUUUGCGGUGUACAUGACCAGAGAUCCUGUUCUGUGUUCGCUGCAUUCUCAACGAUAUGUGCUUGUGUUGUCUACACACUACACACAGGGUUGGCGGGAGCGUCCAGUUUUUGGGAAAAUAAGGUAUAUGAACUACGCCGGCUGCAAGAGGAAAUUUGAUGUUGAUGGGUACAUUGCAUACGUGAAAAGGUUAGCAGGUGAGAGUAAGAAAAGAAAGGCAGAAAUCUAGCUGAACCAUCAGGCAAAGGAAUUCUGCCAGUAGCAUUUAGAUUGAUUGUGUGUUUGCUCGAGGGCAUUCGUGUUUGUGAGCUGGUGGAAACUGUUUUUGAGUCUCGUUACCUGGAACAAUUUACAACCCUUUGGUGGUUUCUUUCGUUUGUAGAUUUAUCUCUCGAGCUCUUUCAAAUAUCUGUUCAUGUGUAGCUUUGAUUUUCUUGUUGAAAUCGAAUUCUUCGACUCCCUAGUGGGAGAGGAGGAUUUCAUUGACUCAAA